AUGAGACCUCACUCGGGAGAGAAGCCUUACACCUGCCAACAGUGUGGAAAGAGCUUUGCUCAACAAGACGCCCUCAAAAGGCACAUUAGAAUUCACUCGGGAGAGAAGCCUUUCACCUGCCAACAGUGUGGAAAGAGUUUCACUCUAAAAGCAGCCCUUCAAAGACACAUGAGAACUCACUCGGGAGAGAAACCUUACACUUGCCAUCAGUGUGGAAAGAGUUUUACACAGAAAAACAGCCUUCAGUCUCACAUGAACAUUCACACUGGAGUGAAGCCUUAUACAUGCGAACAGUGUGGAAAGAGUUUCCCUGCAAAACAAAACCUUAAAGUUCACAUGAGAGUUCACACUGGAGAGAAGCCUUACUUUUGCAAGUAUUGUGGGAAGAGUUUCGCAAAUGCAUACUCCCGUAAGUACCACAUGAGAAUUCACACUGUUCAUUCAACAUUCAACAACCUGCUGGUGCUGAAAGAGGAGAAACGAGAUCCAAAUGAAAUGGAACAGACAGAUCAGUGUGAGAAACACCAUGAUUUAAUAAUUGGUGAAAAAUCCACACAGUCUAAAAUGGCUUCUAUACGAAAAAGAGCUCAGAAAACCAAAUCUAACAGCUCCUUCACCUGCCAUCAUUGUGGGAGGAGUUUCGAUGAAAAACGAAGACUUCAAAUGCACGUGAGAGCUCACACUGGAAAGAGGCCAUUUCCCUGCCAACAGUGUGGAAAGAGCUUUGCUCAACAAGGAACCUUUAAAAGGCACAUGAGAAUUCACACUGGAGAGAAGCCUUACACCUGCCAACAGUGUGGAAAGAGCUUUGCUCAACAAGGAGCCCUCAAAAGGCACACGAGAACUCACUCGGGAGAGAAGCCUUACACCUGCCAACAGUGUGGA